AUGAAGCCGCCAUCAUUCAAAGGAGGAAUAGAACCAAUGAAAGCUGAAGCAUGGGUGUUGGGGAUAGAAAAGCUGUUCGAAGUUUUUCCUUAUACUAAAGCCCAAAAGCUGCAACUUGCUGCCUUCACUCUUGAAGAUGAAGCACGGAGGUGGUGGAUGCUUACGAGAACUGUAUACCAAGGGUUAACAAGGAACAGAUUCUUGGAACUGUUUUAUGACAAGUACUUUUCCCAAAGUAUGCGAGACAAGAAGGUGACAGAAUUUGAAACUCUCAGACAAGGAAAUAAAACCGUUGCGGAGUAUAAAGCCCAAUUUGCAGAGCUGGCCCGGUUCGUACCUCAUAUGGUGGAUACAGAGUAUAAGAAAGCACGGAAAUUUGAGGGGGGAUUACGGAAUGCUAUCCUUGACCGAGUCAACAUGUUGAAGUUACCCACCUAUGUUGAUGUGUUGGAGAGGGCUGUUAUAGCAGAGGGAAACAUUGCUGCUCAGAAUCGGAUUUUCGAGUGGAAAGGAAAGAGGUAG